AUUCCCUCUAUUUUCUUUCUCUUCCACGUUCUCUUUUCUUCUCCAUUUCUGCCAGAGGACACACAGCAUUUACUGUAACUAAACAGAGGUAGAAAAGGCGACAAUGGCUGCUUGCCGGCGAUUCCUCUCCUUCUCUACAUUGCUGCUCAUGGCGCUCUUUGUUAGCGUAAAUGCCGGUAGGCAGAAAAUCCAGCUAAAUUCAAGGAAGAGUCAGGAAACAGAGCAUUUUCAGAGCAUCAAGAACUCCUCAAUGGCGAAGAUGUCGGACGAGGAAUGGUUAGAUAAACACACAUUCGACGAUCCAGAGGAAGUCGUCAAAAUGGUUGAGAUGAACAUAAAGAACAGCACGGAAAGACGGAAAUUGGGAUAUUUCUCCUGUGGAACAGGCAAUCCGAUUGAUGAUUGCUGGCGCUGCGACCGCCUGUGGUACCGCCGACGAAAGCGCCUCGCAGAUUGUGCAAUUGGGUUUGGACGCAACGCCGUGGGCGGCCGUGAUGGACGAUACUAUAUUGUGACCGACCCCAGUGACAAUGACGCCGUUAAUCCCAAACCGGGCACCCUCCGUCACGCAGUUAUCCAGGACAGGCCUCUGUGGAUCGUCUUCAAACGUGACAUGGUGAUUACCCUCAAGCAGGAGCUGAUCAUGAACAGCUUCAAGACAAUCGACGGCCGAGGUGCCAAUGUGCACAUUGCUUAUGGAGGACAGAUUACCAUUCAGUUCGUGACCAAUAUUAUCAUCCACGGAAUCCAUAUUCAUGACCACAAGCCCACCGGAAAUGCCAUGGUCCGAAGCUCCCCAAGUCAUUACGGAUGGAGGGCGAUCGCUGAUGGAGACGGUAUUUCCAUUUUUGGUUCAAGCCACAUUUGGAUCGAUCACAAUUCACUCUCUAAUUGUGCUGAUGGCCUUAUUGACGCUGUCAUUGGUUCUACUGCCAUUACCAUUUCCAACAACUACUUCACCCAUCACAACGAGGUUAUGCUAUUGGGACAUAGUGACUCUUACACAAGAGAUAAGGUGAUGCAAGUGACCAUAGCCUAUAACCAUUUUGGUGAGGGGCUUAUCCAGAGAAUGCCCAGGUGUAGGCAUGGGUAUUUCCAUGUAGUGAACAAUGAUUACACACACUGGGAAAUGUAUGCCAUUGGUGGAAGUGCUAAUCCCACCAUUAACAGUCAGGGCAACAGAUAUCUUGCCCCUGCCAAUCGUUUUGCCAAGGAGGUGACAAAGAGAGUGGAUACAGCAGCUGACCAAUGGAAACAAUGGAAUUGGAGGUCAGAUGGAGACCUGAUGCUGAACGGAGCCUUCUUCACCCCAUCAGGAAGAGGGGCUGCAGCCAGCUAUGCCAGGGCCUCCAGCUUGGGAGCCAAGUCCUCUUCCAUGGUUGGCACCAUUACUUCAAACGCAGGUGCCCUGUCCUGCACCCGCGGCAGUAUAUGUUAAUUCUCAAAAUCUCCUUCCCAUCAAGAAAAGAAGAAAACCAAAGGAAAGGAAAAACAACUCAUUUUCUUGCCAUUUCCAUUUUUAAUAGUUCUACCUACUGCUAUCUCCACUUUAGUUUGCUUACUUUCUAUUCAAAAUCCUUCUCCUCUUCGUCCCCAACCAAAAUAUUUGACAAGUGUACAAAUUUUUUACAAUCAUCCUCACACACAUUACUUCACUUGUCACAAUGCUUCAUUGUUCGACCUCGGCCGCCUUUAGGUGCUGUAGAGUUGUUCACUGUUUUCUUACUUUCUUCUUUGUAAUUAAAUGGAUUUGCCUUAGUUUUUAUUCCUGAAAUUCUCUGUGUUUCUCUGUUUAGUUCCUCUGCUCUUGAUUAGAUUAGUUAGCUCAUAGAUUCCAUAUGAUGAGGUAACAUGACCUUCAAACCUGGCUCAAAGUUCCUGUGACUGUAUAAUUGAGCCUCACAUUGGUAGCAUGUGGCUUGGAGUUAGGCAUGUCACCGGCAAAACAUGAGCACUUUAAUGCCACCCUGUUUACAUGAGUUGCCGAGACCAUGUUGCAAUGAAUGAGACUUUGAUUU